AUAAACAAACACACGCAGUGGAGUCGGUAGUGUCUGUGGGGCUGUGCAGCAGCACUGGCUGACUUUCAGGGAAGCUGACCUUCUCGACCGGCACCGAGAAAUCAGACCGGCUGAAAAAACCCGAACACGAAGAGCGGAUUGUCUCCCACUCUCCCUCCCUCCUCCCUUCCCUCGGAGUCGGCUUAUGUGACACAUUCACGUCCCGGCGGAGAAACGAGAGAAAUAUGACGGAGCUGAGGAAGCGAGGCGGAGGCGGAGCAGACCCUGACAGCGCCGAUAAUAUCAGCGACAAGGAGGCUGAUGGCGAUGACAGGUUGGGGCUGGCAGGUGACGCAGAGGGAGAAUGUGAUGGCGACUCCAAAGCAGACACUCCAGAUUAUCCUCUCUCCACAGCAGACACAGACAACACUCCAGAAUGCCUCAACAAAGCUCUGGAGGGGCUGCCGCCCAGAUGGAAGAACUACUGGAUACGAGGAGUUCUGUCUUUAGCCAUGAUUUCUGGCUUCUUCCUCAUUAUAUAUAUGGGACCUAUUGCUCUAAUACUUGUGGUAAGUUGUAUUGAGCAUGAAUGUAGAGGAAAACUAAUUCCCUUUGUUUUCUGCCUCAGGUACUUUCUGAUUUGUGUCAACUACUUCUUCUAUGGAGAAACUGUUGCAGAUUACUUUGGGGCUCUGGUGCAGAGGGAGGAACCUCUGCAGUUCCUGGCUCGAUAUCACCGCUUCAUCUCCUUCGCGUUGUACCUCGCAGGUUUCUGCAUGUUUGUGCUGAGUUUAGUGAAGAAACAUUACCGCCUGCAGUUUUAUAUGUUUGCUUGGACCCAUGUGACCCUGUUGAUUGUGGUAACUCAGUCCCACCUUGUCAUUCAGAACCUGUUUGAAGGAAUGAUCUGGUUCAUCGUCCCCAUCUCCAUAGUGAUCUGCAAUGACAUCAUGGCCUACCUGUUUGGGUUCUUCUUUGGGAGGACUCCGCUCAUUAAGCUCUCACCCAAGAAGACCUGGGAGGGUUUCAUCGGAGGGUUUUUCGCCACUGUCUUCUUUGGCUUCAUUCUGGCCUACCUCCUCUCUCAGUUCCAGUGCUUUGUGUGUCCCGUGGGCUUCAACAGUGAGUCAAACAGCUUCACAGUUGAAUGUGAGCCGUCUGACAUCUUUGUGAUGCAGGAGUACACACUUCCCACUGUGCUACAAAACACACUGAGCUGGAAAACUGUCAACCUGUAUCCCUUCGCGAUCCACAGCAUCUUCCUCUCGUCUUUUGGAUCUCUCAUCGGACCGUUUGGCGGCUUCUUUGCCAGCGGCUUCAAGCGAGCUUUUAAAAUCAAAGACUUUGCCAAUACCAUCCCCGGCCACGGAGGCAUCAUGGACCGCUUCGACUGCCAGUACCUGAUGGCCACCUUCACACACGUCUAUAUUGCCAGCUUUGUCAGAGGUCCGAACCCCAGCAAAGUGCUGCAGCAACUGCUGCUGCUCCAGCCUGAGCAGCAGCUCGGCAUCUUCCACACUCUGCAGUCCCACCUGAGAGACAAGGGCAUCCUCCCACCUGCUGCUGUCCAGGCCGAGUGAUGCGGCACCACCUCCACAGGGCGAUGACCUGGGAGCGUGCGAGACGGUUUUCAGAGUUGGCGUAAGCAUGUACACGCAGGCACGCAUGCAGAACAGCCGUAUGGUAUGUGUGUGAUUUCUGGCAUAUAUCGGAGCAUCCAUCGUCAUCCUGUCGGCUCUUCGUUCAACUUCCAAUCAGCUCAAGAUCACAACUUUGAACCUGAGGUGACUACAAGGAACAAUCUAGUAGGAAAGAAACUAAAAACAAAAAGGAAAAAAAAAGGUGGCUGCGUUGCUUUUCACUUGGACCGGCAUCAGCUGCAGCACACUUCACGAGUGAACGGGCCGCCGUCAUCCUUAAAACACACACUGAAGAAAAAGAUGUACUCGCUCAACAACAGUGACUGUAAAGCACGCAGCUUUCUCAGUGGAGGGUCGACGUGCAGAUUCGCUGUGGACGGCAAAUAUUGCACUAAAUUUAGAUUUUAAAAAUGGAUUUAAGAAGCUUUUACCAGCAUAAACUGGGCCCAAAGUGUUGAGCACGUGGACCUGAGUUACAACAAACUGGGUGUGGGUGAAGUAGUGAUGCAGCAGGGUUGUCAAACAUACUGCUAAAUGAAGCCAUGCUUAUUCUCCACUUCCACAACAUUUAGCUUUUAGGUUUCUGACUACAUCUAAGAUAACUCGCACAAUAAUAGUCAAAUGACUGUAGGCAUGUUAACAGCAUCAGCUGCACACUCAGCACUCGAAUAAUGUUGUACAUAAAUCUACUGAAACUAUUUAGCAAUCAAUGCAUAUAAUAUAUUACUACUUUAUGUGACCUGCUGCAGAAAAAGACUUUUAAGCUAUGAGAAGUGAUAUGCAAAAAAAAAAAAAGAGAUGUAGCUUUGAUUUAGAUUUGUAGCUUUUAGCAUGAAGAAAUUAGAUUUUUAACAGGUAGCAAUGUAGAGGUGUUUGGGUGAUUAAAAAAAAAAAGAUAAUUUAAAGGAAUAGGUUGAAUAGUGGUUUUUGGGAAAUGUAAUCAGUGGUUUUCUGUCUUUGAGCUGAUAAAAAGAUCAGUAGCACUGUCCUCUCUGUAUCUAUAAGCACAGCAAUACAGUAGAAAAUAUAGAAAAUAUUAUAAAGAUCAGUAGAAAUUUUUUUAAAAAGUCACAAAUGUGGAGCAGCAGAACAUAGUUUUAUAAUGUCAUUACUAUACCUAUUAUAUAGCACCAAAUCAUAACAGCAGUCGCCUCAAGGCGCUUUAUAUUGUAAGGUAAAGACUCUACAAUAAUACAGAGAAACCCCAACAAUCAGAUUUUAACCAGUGGAUGAAAAAUCACACAUAAACGUCACAUGAGUGGGCAGGAACAGUUUCAAACAGACUCGUAUGCAAGUGUAAAAGUUAUUGUACUAAUUUCUCUCCUUUACAGCUCAACUCAUUUCCCUUUUUCCGGGUUUUUCCUGGUUUGUUAUGGGCCGUUUGGAGGUGAGAAUACCUGCAAAUGCAUAGCUUACUUAAUACAAGUCUGUGCAUUUUCCCAUAAGAAAGAGGAAGUAUGUUUAUAUUGAAGUCCCUGCAGCUUCAUUUUCAAAUUCUUCUGCCUAUUUGGAAUCUAGAGUCAGUCUAGCCACUGGUUUAUUCGUCGUUUGUCUAUUUCGACGUUUAACUUGAGCAGUUUUGGAUUUGACUUUAAAAAUGUAACCAGAGGCGGCGCCUGACUCGGUCCAGAUUUGAAUCCACGAUGUAACUGAAAUAGUGUUUUAUUGUUCUAGAGAUUGGACAAAAUUGCAAAUUUUAUAUCCCAACAACACAAAUGCAUAAUAAUUAAUAAAAGAAACAGAAAAAAUUGUGAUGUUCAAGAAAAUUCCAGAAAUUAGUCCCAAUCCCCACCCUGAUAUCCUUCUGGAUCCACAGACACAUUCGUCCAUGGCAGUGAGGUCAUUUCCAUCCUCACAAAAAUCCUACUGUACAGAUUAGAUUACACAGGGAACAACUUUAAGUUGGUGGAAAACUGCAACAGCCUGCAAAGCUGCCCUCUGGUCUCUGUAUUGGGGAAAAAUCCUUACUCUGCAGGGUUGCUAAUUAGCAAGUCAGUGACAGAGAGUUUGAAGGACGCGUGUUGAUCUGUGAGCUUUAGAGGAAUGACUCGCUGCUCACACAGGACUGAAUCUUCACGUCAGACUCUUGGAAAGAAAACGAAUGAGCACAUUUCCCGAAAUGUGAAACUGUUUCCUUCAACCAGUGAUUUUAGUUGCACUGUGGGGGUGGUGGUGGUGUUUGAGGGGGAGGUUUCCAUCAGAUCGUUUUUGGAUGCUUUAGGGUGUUUUUGCACAUCAAAUCAAUGUUUUCUAAGUUUGAAUGUAGAUUGCAAUACAAAAUGUUAUCAAUGAUAACAUGAGAUUAAAUAUAGAGCCUAUAUACUGUACGAUGGAGUGUAUGUACAGUAUAUAAAACACUUCUUUAGGUGUACAAAGAACUCUGGGAGGUGGUUUUAUUAGCUAUAAGUGCAAGUUGUAGUUUGAUUCUUUAGAGUAUGGAUCGGAUAAUUUUAAUGUCAGAGGAAAUGUGAUGAUUCGUAUUUAUGUUUUUCACGUGUUACGUUUGCAAAGAGAUUCUCUGUUUGUAUGCAGAUCCUUUCACAGAGACGUUUACCAAAGCACUGUUUGAUCAACACUGAUUUUCUUCUGUUAGUGAAAAAGCUCAAAGAGUCAGAUCUCUCCUGUCCCGACUUUCCCUGCUCAUCCCGAAACACUCAAACCUGGAAGGUGAGAGUUUGGAAUUGAGUUGGAGCGCUGACAUCUGGAUCUGUGUUGUGUUCACACGCUUCAGUCGUUGGUCAACGAGGAUAUUUUAAUUUAUUCGUCCGGUUUGUUCUGUUCGUUUUUUCAUCGUAGAUUCCAAGAUGUGAACGAGAGGUUCAGGUUGAAUUUUUGGGACCAGCUGUAUCGUACUGUGUAAAUCUUUUAACUACCGCUUUACGCGCUUUUCUUUACGCACCCCUCACGCGUCCAGCAUUCGUAGAAGCAGCGAAGGACGCAGACGUCUGGACCGGCGUGUCAACACUAAAGAGAUCCGACCAAAAGUGGAGCAGGAAUUGACUCAGAAUUAUCUGUGGAUUUAUAUGGAGCCUGGAGUGUGCCAGUGGAAUAAUGUGACUCGUAAAUUAAUUCAAAAUGUGGAUAUAAAUUAGCUGCUGUCCCAGGUAAUGACUCUGCGUAUUGUCUGGAAGGAUAAUGAGCGAACUUUAGAAGUGCCUUUUAUUUAAAAUAGAUAUACUUUGUUAAAUACUAUAGUACUGAUUCCUCCAGUCUCUUAAAUUCAGCUCCCAUAAUGAUCAUAAUCAACACCAUCGGUCAGUCUGAGGGUGUGGAUUCAUUUCCCGGUGGGUGUUGGAGUGUUUGCUGUUCUUCUACCGAUCGAAUAUUUAUUUUUAGUCCUACCCACGUUUAUUGCACACUACCAGUUUAACCUUUUUUCUCUUUAAGCCGCACAGUUCAGGUUGUAAUCUGGAAAGUAUGGAGCGAAUGAGCAGCAGGUGGGACUCAAGUCUUUGUUACCUGGCCAGGUGAGCUAUAGCUGUGGCUAUCUAAUGAAUCUUUAAUUGAUAUACUUAAGAUGUAUAUUAUUUCACUGGGACACUUGAGACUCCAUAUUUACAGCUGUAGUUCCACGACACACGUGCAUACUAAUUUAUACUUUCCUACCACGUUGCACACAAAGGUAGAAAAGAGAACAGGUAGCUGUCAGGUGACGAUGCAGACUUUCAGUUGUUGUGUUUUUAAUUUAUCAUUUUGUGUACGUUUGGUUUGAUUUGAGCAGAAAUGUUUUCUAAUGAGAUGGAUAAGGAAAAUGUGUAUCUACUGAGGAAUAAUGCUGUUUAAUAUUAGGGGCAAUACAAAGUACGGUAAAUAAACACACUGAUAUCUUAA